AUGAUUUGGCAAAGGUUCUUACCAUGCAUCCUCUUCGCAGCAAAGGCCAUGUCUUACGCUCCUGAAGAGCUUGCGGAGGCUGCUCCAAUGAAUUUUGAAGUUCCUGAAAAUAGGUAUAUUGUUGAAUUUGAAACAUCUUUCGCAGAUGCUCAGGAUGACUUAGGCAAUCAGAACCUACAAUUCUCGGUUAGUAACCACUACGAAUCAUCAGCAUUUCUGGGCAUGUCUAUUCAAAUUCACAAUCCGAAUGAAUUUUCGUUGGAUGAUGUAUUAUCACUUCCUAGCGUCCGAAAUGUAUGGCAGGCUUCAUAUGUUACCCUCGAUUUCAAAUCCGACAAAUCAGCGUCACCUCAGUGGAGCCCACAUUCAAUCACAGGAGUAGAUACUGUGCAUGAUAAAGCCAUAUUUGGAGAGGGGAUACGUGUUGCAGUCGUCGACUCAGGUUUGGACAUUCAUCAUGAAGCAUUUCAACAUUUGAAAAUAGAGGGCUACGAUUUCACGGCCGAUCCUCAAAAUCCACAAACAACUUUUGAAGACUCUGUUGGACAUGGAACCUUCGUCUCUUCCAUUAUUGUCGGCCUGUCGAACGAUAUGAAGGGAGUUGCCCCAGGUGCAAGUCUCAAAAUGUACAAGGUCUUUGGUAAAAGCGCAACAACAACCGAUGAUAUCAUACUUGCAGCAUUGUUGAAAGCCUAUUCAGAAAGCCCAGAUGUCAUCUCUUUGUCUCUUGGUUCGGAUAGAGGAUACCCCUCGAUGCCUAUUUCUAUCGUUGCAUCAAGAAUAGCAGAAACAAUUCCCGUUGUCUUUGCGGCAGGAAAUUCUGGCAGAAAAGGACCAUUUCAUGCCUCUUCCGGGGCUUCCGGAAACGGAGUAAUAGCUGUUGCAUCCGUAGAGUCAACACAGCAUGCUAGUUGGUCAGCUACUUUAAAAUCUUCAAGCGGUGAAAAAUUAACUUUUGACUAUAUCGGCAAUGAUGGUAGCAAGAUUGCUACUGAUUUUGUUUUUGAAGUUGAGUACAUUGGGAAUGCUUGUGCAAUACCAGCUAGCUUUGAUUCCAAUGCUGGAAAAAUUGUCAUGGGAAUUAGAGGAACUUGCAAGAACAGUGAAAUUGAGAACGCUAUUCGUUCCAAUCAUUAUUCUGGAAGCAUCAUGUUCGUAUCUCCAGGCGAGAUGCAUACGCCCAAAUUCGAAAGUCACGAUAAGAUUUUUGGCUUGACGACCAAUUCUGUCAGAAGUUGGUUAAAACGAGAACUCAAUGACAAUAAUGAAAUUUCGAUUUCUUUUGCUCAAGAGGAUACACAUGGCGCUAUCGCUAAAAUUGAUGGCUCUGCUGGUCAGAUAAGCGCUUUCACGUCAUGGGGUCCAACGUUUCACCAGGAUUUUUAUCCACAUAUAGCAGCUCCCGGGGGAAAUGUGUUCGGUGCUCAUUUGGGAGGUGGUUAUUCAAUCUCUUCUGGUACCUCAUUUGCAUGUCCAUACAUAGCAGGUGUCAUCGCUUUGUAUUUGUCAGAGCAUGGACGGGUGGAGCCACAAACUUUGAGAAGAAAGAUUAUUAAUUCUGGAUCAUUAUUAAGCCGCGCUUAUUCAUCGGGCUAUAUUGACUAUAUCAAAACCAAAACUGACCUGUCAAAGUAUGCUCCUUUAAUUCAACAAGGUAAUGGUCUUGUCAAUGUGGAAUCCAUGUGGAACCUGACCACAAAUAUUCUUUCUGAGCCUUACUUUCUGCUCAAUGAUACCGACAAUAGAAUUUCAAGCUUCAAGAUAUCCUUUGCCAACGAAAGUCCUGAGCAAGUAACCUACAGAAUUAGACACAGAGAAAUGGAUGUUGUUAACACUUGCGACAGUACCAAGAGAUACGUAUCUUCUUAUUGGCCUGAAUUUGUUGAUUCUCGUCCCCAAGUUGAGAUUCUGGAAACAAGUUUAGUUCUAGAAGCUGGCUCGAAAGGAUCUGUAUCUGUCCAGGUUCGGGCUCCCUUGACUAUUGAUAAGGCUAAAGCUCCUGUUUUUCAAGGUGUCAUUGAGAUUAUGGGUUCCAACGGAGAUGAGUUUACGGUUCCUUUCAUUGGGUCGGAAUUUUCGGCAAAAGAGUGGACACCCAUAACUCAGCAACCAUUGCUUCUCAUAAGAGACAAAUCGGGUUUGCGCAAGAUUGCCGAAGAAGAGAAGCUCUCAUUCGAGCCUCUGCGUACUCCGUCACUAUUUUAUAGCAUCAGGUAUGCUUCUGAGCUCUAUUCGGUUGACCUUGUGGAGGAGCUGUUUGACGUUGCUCAAAUCCAGCUCCCGCUACUGAGCUCAACGAAAAACUACCUUGGACCGAUCCGAGCUUUUGCACCUCAAAGUGGUUCAUCAAUUGCCUUCCCAAUCGUAUUCUCACCAAUAUCAGCUGGUCCCACUUUCGUUCAACCCCAGAGCUUUUCAAAUGGGACAGCGAUUCCUUCUGGUCGAUAUAAAUUUCUCUGUCGUGCUUUAAAGAUUUUUGGAAAGCCCUCCAAUAUAAAUGACUGGCAGUUCUUUUUGACCGAUUCAUUCACUGUUGCACUGAGUCAAAGCGAGAAUCACCAGUUUGCAACUGGAAGAAUGAUUAAAGGCAAGAACAAUUUCAGAUUUAAACGAGAUGAAGAGACUCCUCUCCUUUCAGCUGAACAAUUUCUCGUUGAAGCUGAGAUCGAAGAAAGAGCAGCCAGGAAAAGUAACAAUGUUCUGAGGCUACGGAGGUCACUGACAUCAAUAUCGGGUGCAUUGAGUGGGUUCACAAAUGAUAUUCAAUUUUCUAAUGAUGCAAGCAGCUCCAAACCGUAUGCACUGUUGAGUUUGCUUAUGUAUGUGCUUACUUGGACAUUUUAA